AUGUUCCUGGCUUUUUAUAUAACCAGUUCGAAUCAUGCGUUGGUGUUUCAGCUCUUGUUAAACCACGACUCGCCAUCUUUCAAGGCCCUAUGGACCAAGAUGCAAACGGUGGCACCAGAGGAUGCAAGCGGGCAAUCCUGGUUCAAAGCUAAUCUGGGGAAAGAUCUACAGGUAUACAAGAUUAAAGCAAGAUCAAGUGAUCUAUUGUUCUGGUGCUUGGUGACACGGCAGCCAAACCCAUUAGAACCGCUAACCUUCUUGGAGAUCUUCGAGUCUACUCUUCUGAACUACUUUGACAAGGAAAGACUGCCUAUCAGCAAGAUAGUAAAUAACCAGGACCGCAUUGCACUACUGUUGAACUCGAUGGUGGACGCCAAUGAACCCGCUAUCCUCGACUUGAACAAACUGAAAGAAAUUGUUCCUAGCCGAGAAGAUCUGUCCAAAGUGCUCAGUUCCACGGCCUCCACUCUGAGCAAUCGAAUCCAGACCCGUGAUUCUCUGCAAGUAAGAACCCCUGGUUUGCAAUCGGACAGCGGGACGACGCCGAGAUCAAGCGAUCAUCAAGUUGUCUCAUGGAGAACCCCGGGCGUCAAGCACUCUAACAAUGAGCUUUACGUCGAUAUGAUAGAAAAGAUCCAUGUGAUACUACAAAAAAAUACCAAGGGAAACAGAUUUAACGUUGUACGGGCCGUACUAGAAGGAUCCGUGGAAAUGCGCUCUCGACUAACAGGAGACCCUCUGAUAGCGCUAAACUUGGAUCUAGCGGGGCAUGAUCUGGGCAUUCCUGCACUCCACGAAUGCUGCGAAGCUCACCGACAUACGCAGAAGCUCAACGAACUGCAUUUUAUUCCCCCCGAUGGAAAGUUCAGACUUAUGCAGUAUAGCAUAGACCUCGAGACCAUUGCCAACCGUAGCAAGGUGUUAUCCAAUAUUGGCCUGGUCUCCGUUCAUUAUGACACAGGACUAGGGACUAUGGGUGACGAAUUCGAAAUUCGCGUCAACAUAGCAAGUUCACAGCAUACAAAGCACGUCGAGAACCUCAUAAUUGACGUCAGUUUCAGUGCUCCUUCCGUACUUGCGGCACAAACAUCAGCCUCUGCGUGCAAACUCAAGGUCCUUCGGAAUACUCACGGCCACUUCGAAAACUCUAUUGACAACCUCUCUGGUCACUGGAUCUUCGACAAAGAAACUCACACGGGUACUUUGCCCAUUCUUCGUGGGUGUUUGGAGCAUGCCACGCCUAUUCAAAUGAAAUCAUUGAUGCUAACUGUAACUUUUUCAAAUAAAGGCGAAUUGCCUAGCGGUCUCAGAGUCCAGUCCGUAAACAUCCUCUCGGGUAUGCCACGCAAUAUCACACCUUUCAAAGGAGUUAAAUAUCAAGCCAAGACCGGUGAUUAUCAGCUGCGCUAG